AUGUUUAAGAUUAAUCGUUUGAUACCUUUAACUUCAAGAAGAUUCAUAUCUUCUAGUUAUGUUAGAUUAAGUGAACAUGAAUUACCUGAUUUAAAUAAAUUACCAAGAAGAAAACCUCAAGAUAUUAAUGUACCAUUAGUUAACCCUGCUGACAAGUAUAAGGAAGUUAGUGAAGAAUUACAUAAAUUUGGUAAAUAUAUUAUGGGAUGUAUGCCAAAAUAUAUUCAACAAUUCAGUGUUUGGAAAGAUGAAUUAACUGUUUAUGUUGCCCCAUCAGCUAUAAGACCAACCAUGGCAUUUUUAAAAAAUCAUACUUCAGCACAAUUUAAAGCUGUAAUGGAUGUUACAGCCGCUGAUUAUCCUUCAAGAACUAAUAGAUUUGAUGUUGUUUACAAUAUGUUAAGUGUUCGUCAUAAUUCUCGUAUUAGAGUUAAAACUUAUGCUAAUGAAAUUUCUCCUGUCCCAUCAGUUGUUCCUUUGUUCGCUGGUGCUAAUUGGUAUGAAAGAGAAACCUAUGAUUUAUUUGGUAUUUUCUUUGAAGGUCAUCCAGAUUUAAGAAGAAUUAUGACUGAUUAUGGUUUUGAAGGUCAUCCUUUAAGAAAAGAUUUUCCAACAACUGGUUACACUGAAGUUAGAUACGAUGAAGAAAAGAAAAGAGUUAUUUAUGAACCUUUAGAAUUAACUCAAGCUUCAAGAUCUUUCACUGUUCCUCACUCUUCUUGGGAACAAGUUGGUGAAGGUAAAGAUUUCACCCCAGAAAACUUCAAAUUACCUGUUCCUGAACCAGAACCAGAACCAGAAUCUGAUGGUAAAAAAUAA